UGCUCAAUACGACGAGACAUUGAAGGUGGUUCUCGAGAAUGUUCGUUCGGCAGCCGAUCGUACGUAUUGCUUCACUUCCGUUAUUGGGUUUGUCUCAAUGGAAUUCGAAGCAAACUCUUGGACUGUUGCCAACACUUCGGCUUUUGAUGUGCAUCUUCAAGGCAACUUCGACCCUGUCGAUCAGCAACUGUACAGUGCUACUUUCCAUCCCCACCACACAACUGAAAUGGAAGUGGUGCCACGACAACGUAUUAAAGGCACCAGUGUAGACAUGGUAAUGCAACCUGGCAAACCGACCGUUGAGCCGGACGCAGACUGCAAGGAGAAGAUUAAAUUUACAUGUCCAGCUAUUGGUCUUCAGGUUAACGCUGUUGUGUAUUCUAACAACAGCAGUGGAGUCGCCGCUGAUUCACAUCAGUUGCAUCUUGUUCUCGUUCAGACGUUGGACAAAUUCAGUGAGAGUCGAGCUUAUGGAGCUGACCGCACCUCCACAUCUCGUGAUUUCUACAUGAAUGCGUGUGGGAGCCUGGAGAAGCCCAACCAUGCCAGACAACUUCCAAUACUUGAUAUACGCACAGAUAAUGGUGAUGAUGAUGAUGAUGAGCCGAAUUUGCCAUAUUACUCGACUAAUGCUGACACAUCAUUUGAAGUAGCAGAAAUACUCAACGACAAGUGUGCUGUAGGAAAAAUUUUUCUUAGCGAUACACCUUAUUUGUAUACCCCUUUGGCUGUCAACACCGCUCUGAAUCCCGAGUUGUGCAAAUUCUUGUCUACUAAUGGGAUCAAGGGAUCGGUGUUUUAUCUGAAGGAGGUGACCACAUCUUUGACACUUUCGUCUUGGCUGUGCUUCGCCGAUUCAGAAAAGAAAUUGCUCUACCCUACAAUGAAAUUCGAACGAGACAUUGCAUACGCGAUUCAGGCUACAAAUCCUUCAAAUAUUGCUAAGGAAUUCGAAUACAGGUUCAUUAACACUCAGGAGAAGCAGAGGAUGCCUACCUUUCAGAGAUCUUGUUCUUUACAGUUUCCAGAAAAAGCAUUAUGUCUAACAAAAGACGGUAAACUGUUGGUUGCAAACAGUGUAAACUUUACGUUUGCACCUUCACUUCAACAGGCACAAUGUAUUGCUGGAUAAAAGAAAUAAUGUUUUUAAGUAAUAGCAAGAGCAAAUCUCAGACUGUUGUACACAUAUUUGUGUGCAUAUAUCAUAUAUAUUGUUUAUAUAUCAUAUAUAUCACAUAUCAUAUGUAGUUUUAGACAAAUGUUGAUGAAGAUGAAAUUUUCAUAUUCUUUGU